AUGGCACCUGCUUCGCACUCAGAUACGUACAGCGCUGCUGUCGAAUACGCAGCUAAAAGGGGUAUCAAUGCCUUAGCCAGACGCGAUCUCCAGAACCCAAACCACACACAGCAAGUCACUUUGGGUAUCAUCGGUGUCUAUGUCGUCGUUAUUGCUAUUCUGUGGAACGUUCCUUAUGUCCGCAUGGUCCUCUGGCCAUUCAAGAUGCUGGUCAUUGCCUUUCACGAGUUUGGUCACGCCAUUACCGUCCUUUUCACCGGAGGCCGCGUCAAGUCUAUCAGUCUUGACCCCAACGAAGGCGGAGUAACUCACCACAUUGGUGGCGCAAGCGCUAUUGUUCUACCUGCUGGCUAUCUAGGCUCAUCCAUCAUCGGUGCUCUGCUCACCUUCUGCGGCUUCAACAUCGUUGCCAGCAAAGUAGCCAGCAUUGUCCUUGGCGUCUGCUUCCUCCUGACCCUCUGGUGGGGAAAGCGUGAUUGGCUCACCAUUCUCACUGUUCUCUUGGCUGUUGGACUUCUCGUUGCCUGCUGGUUCAUCAAACACGCCGAGGCCUUGCGUUUUGUCGUUCUUUUCAUCGGCGUCAUGUCUUCGCUCUACAGCAUUUGGGAUAUCUGCGAUGAUCUGAUUCUUCGGAAAGUCAACGAGUCUGACGCCAGCGUGUUUGCAAAGCGAUAUGGUGGCUCAUCUCAGUGCUGGGGUGUCAUCUGGUCCAUCAUCUCGAUUCUUUUCAUGGCUGCUGGUAUUGUCGCCGGCUUGGCAGUAUUUUCGCAGUCAUUUGAGCAGCAACAGAAGGACUCGCAAAAGUUCAUUCCUACCUAGGCUGAUCAUUCUUUUCUAGAGGAACGACGGGGCUGUUUUGCUUGUUGAUUUCGUAUACCCAUCAAAGCGCGUGUAAUGUCCAGGAGAUUUGUCAAUUGUACAUAUUAAUGAUAACGCCCCGUUAUGAUACUGGGAGCGGUUCGGAGGAUGGGAUGUUUGUGUUUUACAGAUCGUCAGCAGACUUACUAUAUUUGAUACCUUAUGAAGAUGACAUCCUAGGAGGGAUCAAAAUGUUGACCCAUAAGCUCCUAG